CUCUAAAUACAAAAUGGCUUCUUUGCUUAAAAAAAGGAGGAAAAAUAAUAGUUUGACUUCCAUUUGCAUUCGGCUGUGUGACUCCUUUAAACGUACACCACAGAAUUUCAUCUGCUCCUUUAUAAGGGCUGAAGAAUCAGUGCGCGUCUUCUACAGGCUUAAGCAAGAGUCACUGAAGAACAUAUUAUGUGAUGCAGGAGUAGCAGUAGGCCUACAGUUUAUUAGCACUACAUGGUGCCCAGGAGAAAGAGAAAAAAGCACAAUAGAUGGUAAUAUUUUCAUUGAGUAUACAGCCUCUACAGAACUAUGGGAUGAAGACACUUUGACUAAAUAUAAGGAUUUCGUAAAACUGAAACUGCAAAAUGUGAACAUUAAAUACAUUUUAGUUGAUCAAGUGACGGAACAAUCAAUACUUUCCCAGCCAGUAAUUACAGAAAUGGACUAUAAAAUAUAUGAACUGGACUCCAAGUUUCAAAACUAUUUAUGUCAAUACCAGAAUUCAGCAGAACCAGAUACAAUUUCUGAUGACUUAGAAAACAUCAAAACUUUGCUUCAGGAAUUGAAAGAAAGACGAAUUCAGAUUGCUGUAUUGUCACAUAAUGCUGUCGGGAAAAGUUUCAUCCUAAAUCUGUUGCUAAUGCUGACAGCUGAGAGUAACAAGAAGUCUGGAGAACAAACAACAAUGAAAAUGCCUGAGGAAAUGAUAGGAAAUCCAACUGUCAAAAUGGUAAAAGACGGACAGUUUGAAGAUCUACCAGAAGUAAUUAAAGAUUUUCUUGAUGCAGUUAUUGAUGAUGAGCAAGAUUUUAAAAACUUGUUGGAACCCAUUUGUCAUCAGCUUCUUUUCACCGACCAUGAGGAACUAGGAAGAAUUGAAAGCUCAUUCAAAUCUCUGAGUGGAUAUUACACUCAUCAUAAGCGGAUAGACAUAGAACCAUACCUGCUUCCACAAAAAGAAAUCUCUGGGGAUUACAAUGCCACAACCAACAGUGUUUUUCAUUUGCAAUAUGGCACCUCAUUCCAAGCCAAAGUGGAAUAUUUUGAUGAGAAGGAGUUACAAAAUCAACUGUUUGAGCUGGUGUCUUUGGAAAAGGGUUCGGCAGAAAUAAAACCUGAAUUUGUAAAUGAAAUGAUGCAAGAAAAAUCUGAACAAUCACUGAAGGCUCGAUUCAAGAUUUUGACGAAUAAUGCCCCUAAAAGUUGCAAUGAGAAAACAUUACAGAAUGUGCUGGGAUCGAUCUCCUCUCCUGGAGAAAUUGAACUUUGUAAACAAGUGAAGGAGUUUGCAGGGAAGACUGAACUGUACAUUGGGAAUGGAAGCAAUCCAUCAGCUGAUAGACUUGCUCUCCAGAAGCUUUUGAAAGAAUUCACAUUAUCAGCUGUUGAUGAUGAUGAUGAUGACGAUGAUGAUGAUGAUGAAGAUAAUAGAAGCAGAAUCAUGAAACAGAAGAUAUCGUCCCUAAAAAGGCUUGUAGUAUAUGUGCCGAGUACUCUGCUGUAUGGCGGAACGGAGAUUCUGGAAAUGCCAGGGACCAAUGACAGUGAUCCACUGGCAAUUAGUUUCAUACAAGAUGCCCUUGACGAAGUUGAGGUAGUGCUUCUCCUGACAGAGUUUGGAUUUCGUUUAGCUGGGCAAGAAGUCAGAGACUGUCUGACAAACAGCCGCUUUAUCACACACUGGAAAAGGGAUUCCAAUGAAUAUAAGCUGAUGUUUGUUUCCUAUCCAGAAAAGAAUAAUAUUUAUCAAUUUGGUGCUGGAGACCUUGAGAAACUUGAGAAAAUUGUGAUGAAGGAGAAUAGAAAACAGGAAGAUGAGUUUCACAGCUUUAAUGGACUACUGCAUCCGUCUUCGUAA